UACAUUAGAUUUAUUAAAAUCAAAUAUUACACAUGAGUAGUAAUCUAGCUUUUUUUCGUAAAUACAAAUGAAUUAAGGUUUCAUAAUUAAAUUCUACCUUACAAUACUAUUUAAUUGAAUAUUAAAAUGUGUGAUAUGUUACAAUCUGUGAAAGGACAAUUAAAUGAAAUUGAAAAUGAUCUCAUCACAGCUGAAAAAGAAGUUUGUGAAGACUAUAUGGAGAACUAUGAGCCCACUCUGCUCAAUAUGCCAGUUGAGAUUGUAUUAAACAUAUGUUCAUUUCUAGACCCUCACUUUCUAAGAGCCACUCUUAGUAAGGUUUGUAGGCGUUUAGAAGACAUAUUAGCUGAUGAUCAUCUAUGGAAAAAUUGGAUUCAUAGUAAAAUUAAUACUUGUGCCUUCCCUCCCUUACCUUAUUUGAAAUUAUGGGAUGAUAUAGAUCUAGACUGGGAGGAGGUUUGUGUUGAAAUGGAUGUAGAAAGAAAGAGGUGGUCAAAUGUCAAGGAAACUAUGCAACACAUAGUCGUGAAAGAUGUACACUUUGCAUCUGUGGAUACAGUGUUGUUAGUUAAUAAGGGUGAAAUAUGUAUAUCAGGAGGUAGGGACCGUGGUAUGGCACUCUGGAAUGUACAAGACAUAAAACCACAGCAUUUUUAUGAGAAUUCCACAACACUAACGGAUGCCAAACCAAGGCAAAUUAAAUAUGAUGCUCAUUCAGGCUGGGUGUGGGACUUGGCACCAGACAAUAUUAAUUCUGCAAGCAUAAUUUAUUCUGCUUCAUGGGACAAUACUGUCAAAGCCUGGGACCUACAAACAGGUUUUGAAUGUGUAGAGACUUUUCAGUGCGGUAUGUCAGCCUUAUCAGUUGUAUCUAUAGACAAAACAGUAAUGGCUGGGUUAUAUUCUAAAAAAGUACUCUCCUUCGAUACGCGAGCGGGUUCUGCACCAGUAAGUUACUAUAAACCACAUAGAGGUCCUGUAUUAGCACUAUACGCUUAUAACAACAUGGUUGCGUCUGUUAGUGAAGAUAAAACAUUAGCAAUAUGGGAUAGAGUUGCAGGAAAGCUUCUAGCACAUGAUGUUAAAAUACCUACAGACAAGGUGUAUCCAGUUUGUAUUAGUUGGUGUCCAACAGCUUUAUACAUUGGUGACUCCAAAGGUUCCCUACACCUUAUUGAUCCUGAAAAAUAUGUCUAUUUGAAAACACAUGAAAUAUGGCCUGAGCCACCCAUCAUCAGGCCGUCAAGUAAAAUAACUAGUUGUUACCAAAAUCAAGGAACCAUGGUUGUGUGUUCAGAUAGAGGAGAAAUUAAAUUUUUAUAUAAUUGCUACCCUCCACAAGAAUUUUCCAGUGUGAAGACUAGUACAUGUGACGUGACUCAGUUGCGGUAUUUGGACGACGUAUUGGUGAUUGGCACAUGUGAUUCAGCGCUUGAAUUUUGGAUUCCCAGUGAGCGAUAUCAAGAUACGUAAUUUGUUACAGCUGACUAUUAUUUAAUGAAUAACUAGUACGGAUCUUUGUAUUUUUAUUACAUUCAUAACAAUUAUCCAGUGAUAUAUUGAUAUUAAAAGAUAUAAUAUUAUACCUGUAAUGCUUUUACACUAAUUUAUUGAAUAUUAAUAUUAUUUAUAGUACUGAAUCUGAACGAAAAUAGAAUUAAGUUUAUGUAAAUAAACCAAAACUUAUGUACAUGUUUACAUUAAUUUUGUCAGAAAGUGAUUUA